UUUUAGAUCGAGUUCACCGAGGUCAAAUUAUUCAAUUCGAGUUUCUUGUUGGAACUCAACUUUAACUUCAAGGGUCAUAGAGAAGAUGACGUCUGAUGCUGCCAGAGAAGUCUUGCCAUUGUUUGAGAAGGCUGCUCGAAUCGACAAAGUCAAAUCAGAUAACAUUAAAGCGAUCCAACUGGGUAAAGAAACCACGUUGAAAUGCGUCUAUGAUGGUCAUCCACCACCAGUGGUGAUAUGGACGAAGGGGAAGAAAAAGUUAAAGGACAAGUGCGCUUUUUGUGUACAGAAAGUGGAGAACUCGCCCAGGCUGAGUACGUUACGCGUGACACCCUUUCGUGACAGCGAUUUUGGAGAGUAUAAUUGCAAAGCGAGAAACAAAUUGGGAUUUCAACAAAUCAAAAUAAAACUUAGAGAAGAUAAAUCAAAAAACAUCACCCAGUGCCAAAGAGACCGCUUAUUGGCCGCUGAUCCCCGACUUAGACUAGAAUUCUUGCCUCAAUGCAAAGGUGAUGGAUCGUAUCACAUGAUCCAAUGUUCUGUCCACCUGAAAAAAUGUUGGUGUGUAGACCAAUCAGGACACAAGAUCGCAGACGCUGUUGACGGUUACGAUGGAAAGCAUUGUAAAGAGCCAAAAGACAAACUGGUCUUAUCAGUAAUAAUCCUGUCUAUAGCCAUUGCAUUGUUUCUGCUUAUCAUUGACGUCAUUUGUCUGGUGACGAAAAACAAGGGAGUCCUGAACAAAUGUAUACGUUUCAGGAACAAACGCAAAAAAUAUGGCAAAUUGAAAUCAAAAGAAGAAACGAAGUCCGCGGAGAUUCAAGAGUCUACCGAGGAAGGUCCAUAGCCCAGGAAAAAA